UCUCUUGCUGUUUACCUUUUUUAGAUUUAUUUUUACUGAAGUAAUAUGUGCGCUGGAGAACAAAUCAACUAGCAUUUUGGAUUGAGCCCUGUGACAUUGGUGUUUCCGAAGGUCCCAAGCGGUCAGUGGUGGCUAAUAGCAUUUGUUGAGUGUUUCCUAUACACCAUCACUAUUCUUUACGCUUUUCGUGGUAUCUGUAUGUUUCAUUAACCAGUUAUUUUUCCAUGUUACAAAUAUUACUUUCUUAAAUGUUGAAAAACUGAUAAAGUUAAACCUAGAACGUAAAGGAAUUUAUGUACGUCAGGUCUUUGAAGAAAUGCCUAUAGACAAAGCACGUUUUUAGGAUUCACUGAUUUAUCAAAUUCGGCUACCACUGUUGGGAGCAUUGGCCCUGGAUGAGACAUUGUACAGUGCCCUUGUUCAGCACCAUUUCACUGAUGGAGGCACAGGUGAGCCCACUGGAGUCAGAAAUGUGGGGGGCAGGGGUAGCAGAGGAAGAUCAUUGCUAAAUGCUGCAGAGAAGGCAGCCUUUUGUAACAUUGAUAUUUUCUAAACAGCCCCCGGUAAUUAUCUUCUAGAAUGUCCCAAAGUCUGGAAUUGCCUAAUUAUGUUCUUACGAUUGGAGUCAGGUUCAGCACUUUUGGCAAAAAGCCGGCAAAGGUGAUGGGGUGUAUUUCCCAUCAAAUCCCAUCAAGAGGCAUCAUGUCAUUUUGUCCCUUUAUCGGUGAUGCUGAAUUUAAUGACCACGCCACACAUUUUGACUGAGUCUUAUUUGUUUCUGAUGUUUAGCCCUCUUGAAGCGGGUAGGACAUUGCAGCCCUCUUCACGGGAGCCAAAAGCACAGGUGUGCAUUGGGAUCAUUGUGAUACUGAUCAUACACAACUAUUGGUUCCUCUAUGUCCCUUAUAUGACAUGGCUUUACUUUGACUGGCGUACCCCAGAGCAGGGGGGCAGGAGAUCCAACUGGGUCAGAAGCUGGACCGUGUGGAGGUAUUUUAAGGACUAUUUUCCAAUUCAUCUCAUCAAAACUUGGGAUUUGGAUCCAAGUCACAACUACAUAUUUGGGUUUCAUCCCCAUGGAGUGCUCGUUGCUGGAGCCUUUGGAAAUUUUUGUACGAAUUAUUCGGACUUCGAACAGCUGUUUCCUGGAUUCACUGCAUAUCUCCACGUGCUCCCAUUUUGGUUCCGGUGUCCUCUCUUUCGAGAAUAUCUGAUGAGUAGUGGGCCAGUCUCAGUUUCUAAGAAGAGUGUGUCCCAUGUGCUGAGCAAGGAGGGAGGUGGAAACAUUUCAGUCAUAGUUCUCGGGGGCGCAGAAGAAUCACUGGAUGCCCAUCCUGGAAAAUUCACUCUGUUCAUCCGCCAGCGGAAAGGAUUUGUUAAAAUUGCUUUGACCCAUGGCGCCUCCUUGGUCCCAGUCUUUUCUUUUGGAGAAAAUGAGCUGUUUAAACAAGUUAACAACCCUGAAGGCUCAUGGCUUCGAACCGUGCAAGAGAGGCUACAGAAGAUCAUGGGGUUUGCUUUGCCUCUUUUCCAUGCCAGAGGGAUUUUUCAAUACAAUUUUGGCCUGAUGCCGUACAGGAAACCGAUCCACACUGUUGAAUAAGGCAAACUUGCUUCAGCCCAUCCUUUCUGCUUACCUCCCAAACAAUUACAUCGGAAAUACCACGUCUUGUCUCUAGCAUCUUCAGUGUCCUGCCAGUAUUUGAAACCUUUUAAAAAAGCAAGCUGAGAAUAUGAACAUUUACAUAACACCUCAGCUGCCACGAGAUUGAUUUUAUCACCAGCCAGAUGACUGAGGCCAGCCUGAUUUGAGUGAACCAGACCCGCACAGACCAUGUGCAUUUAAGGACUUUUAUUUGAAAUAACCCAAGUAAGGAUAGAAUAUGGACAAUUCCUUAGACAAAAGCAGAGCUAUGUAUCAAUCCAAUGCAAUGUGAUAUUGCAACAGAGACCUAAGUUGCUGUGUUCAUUUCCGUUUUAAAUUAAUGCACUUCAAACCCAGAGUUGUUUCUUUGCUGACUCCCUGACACAGCCCAGGCAGGUCAGGUAGCAUCCAGACCAGCAACUUAUUUUGUGAUCUCUCUGCUCCCCUUCUACUUAAUUAAGAGUUUAUAUUUUAAAAAAUAAAAUAAAUGGGGCACCUGGGUGGCUCAGUCGGU